AAAGAGAAGUUAAAGUAAACUCUGAGCAGCUUGGGCGACCCGGCAGUCGCCGGCACCCAGGCCAGCCAGGAUGGCAGCGUCCCGGUCGUUCCCGCUGCUGGUUGAGGGGUCUUGGGGUCCCGACCCCCCGAAGACCUUGAUCAACAAGUUGCAAAUGUACUUCCAGAGCCGGAAGAAGUCGGGCGGAGGGGAGUGCGAAGUCGUCCGGCAGCCCGGGAGCCCUGGGCGCUUCCUGGUGCUCUUCUCCCCGGAGGACGUUCGGCAGAAUGUUCUGAAGAAAGAGAAUCAUGAGUUAGUGUGGCAAGGAAAAGGGACAUUCAAGUUAACUGUCUGGUUGCCUGAAGACCCAGAUGAAGCCUCCGUCUCUAAGGAGGCGGUUCCAGAAGAGGAAUCCAAGACAAAAAAAGGCACCUCGGAACCAGAUGACUUGGAUACAACACAAUCUCCCAGCGACCCAUCAGACACAACGGAAGAUGUCCCCACAGAAUGUGAAAACAUUUCCUCCAUGGUGGCAUUUGAAAACGUGUCCGAGAACACGACUGAUGUUGUGCUGACCAUGCUGGUGGAGAAUAUAAGUGGCUUCGACAGUGAUGACUUCAAGUUGGAAGUGAUCCGAGAUUUUGGUGUGGCUGUGGUUACCUUUCAGAAGCCUAUAGACACCAAAAAAUUUAUUAUUGAUUGUAGCAAUCACCACUUAAACCGGCGCCUGCAGCUUGCCCCGAGACUUCUGGAAACAACAAAUGCAGUUAGGGUGGAAAACCUGCCUCCAGGGGUGGAUGAUUACCAGCUGCAGCUCUACUUUGAAAACCCUUCCAAUGGGGGCGGAAGAGUUGCCCGGGUCGAGUGUUUCCCGGAAGAGAGUUCCGCACUGGUUGAGUUUUGCGACAGCAAAGUGUUAGAGAUCAUUAUGGCCAAGAAACACCAUUUCAACAGGAUGCCGCUGUCUGUCUUCCCCUAUUAUCCCUCUCUGGGCACAGCCUUAUAUGGCGAGGAGAAGCCACUGGUCAAGCUUCCAGCAUCUUUCCAAGAGUCUCUGGGUCUUCCUUUGUGGAAGUUCUUUCAAAAAAAUAAUCAUCUGAUCAAGGCGAUAGAGGACGAAAUGAGACGCUGUCACUGUGAGCUCACGUGGUCUGAAAUGAAUGGGACAUUGACCAUCAGACCUGCCGCCACCUUAGUCAAUCACAGACCACGUAUCAAGACCUGGCAGAAAGAUGCAUCUGAGUUGCUCUCUGGCAUCAGGUCUAGAUAUGAAGUUAAGUUGUUUGAAGUGUAUGCGCCAGUAUGGGACAUCAUACAGCAUGACUUAGGAGAUGACAGGGUUUUGAUUGAGUUUGAUAAGGAUAGUCUUACCUUAGCUGGAAAAUUGGAAGAUAUGCAAGACAUCAGUCAGAAAGUCAAGGAAUUGAUCGACAGCACCACAGAAAAGGUCAGAAAGGAAGAGCAGAGUCUGAGGGAGAAAGUGGCCGUUUCUCCAGGGAAACAUUUUCUUUUGCAACACAGUGGUUUCCUGGAGGCUCUAAGCAAAGGGUACCCAGAGAUGGAGAUUCAUUAUGAUGCCGCCACUCAGGACCUGUGCUUUAAGGGUUUCCAUGCAGAUGUGUAUAAAGUAAAGUGUGAGAUCCAGGAAAAGGUGUAUUCCUUGGCUCAGAAAGACGUCCUGGUUCCUUCUCAAGUUUUCAUGUUUCUAGAGCAAGUAGACAGUCAGAAAUUUUCCAAGACUCUUUUUGAAGCACAGAACAUGCUUGCCACAUAUGAGCUAAAGGGCACAGCUCUUCUCUUGAUGGCCCAGUCUUCCCGAGUCCUGGCAGAAGCGGAGAAGAAACUUCUCGGUGCCUUAAGUUAUAAGCUCAUUGAAGUUGAGGACAGGGAAGCUCUCGAAGGCAAUGUGUGGAAAAAGAAAACCCACCUUCUGCAAAAGAAACACAGCUCCAGUGCAGCCAUUAUGAUAAAGAAUGAAUUAACUUCAGGAAGCCCGGCGGAGGUCAUCAUUGCCGGCUGUGUGGGAGAAGUAAAUGAAAUCUACAGCCAGCUUUUUGAGUUCUUGGAAAACAACAUGAAAACGGAAAGACUGGUCGAAGUAGAACCGGCCUUGGUUAUGGAGUAUAUAAGGUCAGACAAGAAGCUUUUCUGGCAAAAGAUAAAGAGGGCAAAUGUGCAGGCGAGCUUUAAGCUGGAAGAUGAGCCAAAGGGCAUUUUACUAACUGGCUUCAAGAGCAAAGUUGUACAGUGCAUGAACAUGGUCCAGCAAAUCCGGGAUUCAGUCUGCAUCACAAGAUUCCAGAUUGAUAAGCCUGGUGCCAGGCACUUCUUCCAGGAUAAAGCAUCGUAUUACAAAAGCGAGAUCAAGCGCCUGUAUGGAUGCAUCAUUGAACUCCAGGAAGAUGGAGAGAGCGAGACAGGCAGCCUUCAGGGGAAGUGUCACUUACAGAAGGACAUAGCCCCAGGAGUCACGCUGAUUGUACAGCAGGGAGACCUGGCUCAGUUUCCUGUCGAUGUGGUAGUGAAUACGGCAAAUGAGCAUCUGAAACACAUUGGUGGUCUCGCGCUUGCUCUCUCAAACGCAGCUGGCCCUGAACUUCAAGCAGAAUGCGACAAGAUAGUAAAGAAGGACGGCAUGGUCUCACCUGGGAAUGCCGUCAUCUCCAAAGCAGGCAAGCUCCCAUGCCACCACGUCAUCCACGCAGUAGGGCCUCGGUGGAAGCGAGAUAAGGCCCCAGAGUGUGUGAUGCUGUUGAGGAAAGUUGUGCAUCAAAGUCUCAGUUUAGCUGAGGAGUACAAGUGUCGGUCCCUAGCCAUACCCGCUGUCAGCGCUGGGGUCUUCGACUUUCUAGACCAGUGUGUGGCAACCAUUGUUUCAACCAUCAAAGACAACUUCCAACGUAAGCCAGGCAAACGCACCUUGAAAAACGUUUAUCUGGUGGACAUAUCUGCAAAGGUUGCUGAGGCCUUUGCCGAAGCUGUGGAGACUGCAUUUGAAGGCACCCUUUCCCGCACGGCCUCCCCACCCCGUUUAAAAGCAUCAGAAUCACCACCACCCGGGAAAACGCCGCAGAAAGAGGACUGGGUGCUGGUGUCACUGGAAGGCCUGAAACUCCGGCUGGUGCAAGAAAGUGUGCAGAACGCUAAGAUCAUGAAAAACAUCAUCAGAGACUGUUUGAAGACCGCCGAGUCACUGUCUCUGCAAUCAAUUGGAUUUCCAGCAAUAGGAACAGGAAAUCUGGGGUUUCCUAAACCCGAAUUUGCUAAAUUAAUAAUUUCCGAAGUGCUCAGAUUUAGUAGCAAGAGCCACCUGAAAACUUUACAGGAAGUUCAGUUUCUGCUGCACCCGAAAGACCUCGAAAACAUUCAGGCAUUUUCAGAUGAAUUUGAAAAAAGGAGUAAUGGAAAUCCUAGCGCCACGGAUGAAGAUACACAAGGUUUCUAUGGGAGUCUUUCCAGCCCCACUUUAGGAGUGCUAGAAAUGAAUAUUGGCCCGAUCCUCUUCCAAGUGGCCACAGGGGACAUCACCAAAGAAGUGGCAGAUGUGAUUGUCAAUUCAACAUCAAACACAUUUACUCUCAAAUCAGGAGUUUCCAAAGCAAUUUUGGAAGGUGCAGGACAAAAUGUGGAGAAAGAAUGUUCUGUCCUGGCUCAACAGAACAGCGAGUAUAUAGUUACUGAAGGUGGGUUACUGAGAUGCAAGAGUAUUAUUCACGUUGUUGGAGGGAAUGAUGUCAAGAGAUCAGUUUCCUGUGUUCUGGAAGAAUGUGAACAACGGAAUUACUCAUCCAUUUGCCUACCAGCCAUUGGCACAGGAAAUGCUCAGCAGAACCCAGAUACGGUUGCUAAAGCCAUAAUGGAUGCCAUUGAAGAAUUUAUCCAGAAAAAAUCAGUGCAGGCUGUGAGGAAAGUUAAAGUUGUCAUCUUCCAGCCCCACAUUCUGAAUAUUUUUUACGACAACAUGAAAGAGAGAGAAGGCUCCCCAGCUCCUCCCCAGCCGUCUGUACUGUCAAAGAUUGCCUCCUUUUUUGGCUUUCCAAAGCAAGCUCCCCCCAAACAGAAAACCCUGUUUCUGGAGAAGAAAACUGAGUUGGCAGUUUUCCAGGUAUGUGGUGGCGAUGUAGGCAGCGUGGAAAGCACCAUCACCUGGAUCCAGAAUCUGAUUACCCAAGAGCAGUUUUCCUACACCAGUGACGACGAGUGCAUCAGAGACUUUGAUGAGAAGGAGUACAGGAAACUGAAUGAGCUGCAGAAGAGGCUGAAUAUUGUCAUUGACCUGGACCAGAAGAAACCCUUCAUGAAAAUUGAGGGAAUCAGCCGAGAUGUGGUAGAAGCUAGAGAUGAGAUUGAAGACCUGAUCAAGAGCAUUCGGUUGGUUAAGGAAAAGGAAAUCCAGGCAGAAUAUGUCCUCGAAUUUGUGGAAUGGCAAUACAUUGACAACGGCAUCACACGCAGUUUUGACAAAAUAGCUAAUAUGCAGUUGGAGGAGGCCCAGAAGGCCAAGCACAAGAGCAUUGUCGUCAAAAUUAAUAAUCAGGACUUCACAGUGAACUUCAAGACAAACACCGCCACAGGCCCUCAAGGACAGAGUGUCACUGUUCAGCGCCACAUAAAAACUGAAGCUGAAAUCCCUGCACAUUGGAGUGACAUGAGGCAGAAGAAAUUGUCUGUGGUCAGUCUGCAAACCAGUGAUCCUGAAUACAACAUUGUGGCAAACAAGUUCAACCAGACCUGCGCAAACUUUGUCAUAGAGAAGAUCGAAAGGAUCCAGAAUCCAGCUCUCUGGAGGAGGUACCAGGCAAACAAAAAAAUUAUGGAUGAAAAGAACGGCCAUGGAGGAAACGAGAAGCAACUCUUCCAUGGGACGGAGGCCAGCUGUAUCGCACAGCUCAACAGCAAUGGAUUUAACCGCAGCUACGCUGGGAAGAACGCCGUUGCCUAUGGGAAGGGAACCUAUUUUGCUGUCAGUGCUUCCUAUUCUGCCAGCGACACAUACUCCAGACCUGACGCCAAUGGGAAAAAGUAUAUGUAUUACGUGCGGGUUCUCACUGGGAACUACACAAACGGGAACUCGACACUGAUCGUGCCUCCUUCGAGGAACCCUCAAAAUCCCACUGACUUGUACGACACUGUCACAGAUGAUGUUACAAACCCAAGUUUAUUUGUAGUGUUUUAUGACAACCAAGCAUACCCGGAGUAUCUCAUCACAUUUAGGCGGUGACGCGUCCACGUCAUGUAUCUGCUGUGUGACAGACGUUAGCCGUUCUCCUUAAGCUUUCUCUAAGAGCACAAGGUCUUUCUUUGCCAUGGACAUGUUUCCUCAGCUGCUUCUCCGUGGUGGAAAUGAAUCUGCUUGAGAGAGCCAAUCAACGUGAGAAUUGAAAAUCAGGUAACCGCUGUAGCUGUGCUUUCUCCAAUGUGACAGUAACACCUCCACGGACUUUCAGUCCCAGUAGCACCAGAGGAAUCGCGUGGGAGUGCCACCGAGCCGCGGGGGCCACUGAACAGAUUCCUCAGCAGAGAACCUCUUUCUUCACUAAGAGCCUUGUGCCGGGUGGGCUGGACAGCUCCAGGCGGGGCUAUGUACAAACUGGGUGCUGGGAUGUAGCUUGUCGUCUGUGUGAACUGAGCCACAAGGAGGGGCACGGCUCAGAAGCCCAGGCCCCGAUUGCCAGGGGCCCUUUCUAACGUCGUCGUCGACCCUAAUGUUCCGGCUACCUAGUGAAAUCAAUGGAUGACACCACUACAUCUCCCGGGGAAACCCUUCCACUGUGUGAAAAGGAGUGCACUCUGAGGAUAUCCGCUAACAUCUUUCCCAGCUUGUGAUGAUUUCAACGCUUUAGGUGUAAGCCAAUUAGUCAGAUUGCUAACUUACGAACUCAGUGUCUACUGGAUGGUGAUUAUUUCUUGUGGUCCUGGGGACUGAACCUAGGGCUUCACACAUGUCAGGCAAGCACUGUUCCACUGAGCUACACCCCACCCCCCGGCCCUCUUAACCUCUUAUUUUGAGGCAGGAUCUCAUUUAGUUGCCCAGGCUGGCUCUGAUAGCCCUCUAUAGACCUGGCAGGUCUGGAACUAUCUUCCUGCUUUGGCUACUUGUCGGAGGCCUGUGCCACCAGAACUGGAUUAAGCUGUUCUUUUAAUUUUCUCCUGUAAAUUUCCGACUCAGUGGCAUUUAUUUAUUGAAUGCCUAGACUUUGCCAGCUAGAGUGAGAGAGACAUGGUCACACAUAUGAUUUUGUUCCCAUGAAUAGUGCUCUGGGAAGAGUUUCAGGCUAAGGAAACAUGUUCAGAGUUCAGGAAACAUCCUUGCUCGAGGUCACCAAGGCUGGAACCCUCAGAGCCAGCUAGCUGAGUCCUGGUGUCAAUGUCAAGUCCUUUACCAUUCCCACCACAGAACCUGGCCUCGAGAUAAGCAAGUGCUGUUUCGGCCAUCAUUCAGUGGCCGUCACACAGUGACUGUGAAUGAGUAGCUAUUACUCAGUGUUCAUCACAUGGUGGUCAUUAUGCAGUUACCUUCAUGAAGUGACCAUCACAUGGUGUCUAUCACACAAUGGCCAUCACUCAGUGACCAUCACCUAGUUGCGAGUAUCUCAGGUCACCUGUGAGGCGACCCCAGAUUUCCCCAGCUUUUUUCUUUCUGGAUUUGGUGUCCACUCUGCCCCUUGUUAGGACUUCUACAGGCCAAGGAGCUAGAGCUGUGUGGAGUUCUCAGGGGGUACACUCUUGGGUGUUGGGAGGAUCGAGGCGCCGGUUCCCACCUAGGAACCACCAGUGGGCUGCAAGUGGAGCCAGGGGUCCCUACUGCUGCCUCAACAACACAGAGGCCUUGGGACCUCUCCUGCUGCUUCUAAGUGGACCGGCACAGACUGGCUUACGAGGGGCUGGCGUCCUCUGCACUGGCAUCUGAACUCAGGACCAACCACAGUCUAAGGGAGUGGAAGAAAAGUGAGGGGCCCGUUUUCAUUUGCCUUUGUUCUCCAGUGGUUGGGUUAACUCAGGGCAAGGUGGAAGAGCAGGGUGUAACACUGAAGAAUAAGGGCCUGACCAACAAAUGUCACAGUUACCUUCAGCCUUUCCCACUUCCUAGUAAAAUGUCUGCCUUGAAAAAUGUC